AUGGACGGUACGACCGGCUCGUUGGCUUCGAUAGCUACAACCACGCUUAUUGCUGCUAGCUCCCUAGCCAUUCCAACACCCUCGGGUGCACACACACUAUAUUAUGAUGCAACGAAUUCUUCAAGCCCAGGCCAGGAUCCUAAUGGCGAAGGAGGAGAAUGCAAGCUACUUGGUCCCUUCUCUGUGUUUGUUCAGAUUGCUCUUGGCAGCCUCGCAUUAUUAUCUCUAGUCUAUAAGAGAUGGAGAGAACGACCGCAGCGCCCGGUGAAGAUAUGGGCCUUUGACGUCUCAAAGCAAGUCUUCGGAUCGGUGAUGCUUCACAUGUUAAACCUGGUCAUGUCGUUGUUUUCGGCAGGCCAACUGGAGAUUCGAAGCUCAUACAAGCCGAACCCAUGCUCAUUUUACUUACUGAACCUGGGAAUCGACACUACACUCGGUAUCCCCAUUCUGAUCCUCCUUCUCCACGUUCUCAAUCGCUUGGCAUCCUACACACCUCUUGCAAACCCCCCAGAAUCUAUAGAGUCAGGAAAUUAUGGCCAGCCUCCACGCAUAACAUGGUGGCUCAAACAGGCCAUCGUUUACUUCAUGGGAUUACUCGGCAUGAAGAUAUGCGUGUUCUUCCUCAUCGAGCUCUUGCCUUUCAUCGUCACUAUCGGCGACUGGGCUCUAAGGUGGACAGAAGGCCACGCUGCUGUCCAGAUCUUCUUCGUCAUGCUGCUUUUCCCAGUCAUCAUGAACGCCAUACAGUAUUAUAUCAUCGAUAUAUUCAUCAAGAAACCAGUGUCACAAUACGUGGUGGAUGACACAGUUGGAGAUUUUACCAUAGAUGAUGAUGCUCAUCGCCGGGAGGCUCUUCUUGCUGGCCAGGAUGAGUCGGAUUCAGCUGAUUCGGAUGAUGAAGAAGCUGGGAAAUCUCCGAGAACAACCUCGCAGCCGAAGGCUACUGCAGACGCUCUCCAGGGAGAACGUUUACUUCCCGAGGAUGACAAUCCUGUUCCUCCAUAUGAACCUCCGAGCUCGAGUGGCAGUGGCGAGGAACGUUACCUGAAAGCUAGUUCAACACAGCACUGA